AUGGUUCCCCAGCACCUCCGCCGGCCCGCUGUGCUGGCGGGCGAGGGGCGACGGGACGGCCGACGCAAAACGCCCAAGGUUUCGCUUGGCCACGUCGACGAUGGCCAAGAAAAAAAGAACAACGCGAGGACGAACAAACUCGAGGCGACGCCGAACGCGAUGGCACCCUCGCCGUGCGUGCUCCUGGGCAGCGUCCAAUCCUGUGCGACGGCCCUCGUCCUGCUGAUGGGCUCGCUCCUCGACAGCAACUCGCCGACCUCUUCUCAUCUCACCCUUCGGCUCCUGCGCUCUCCUCUCCAUCCCCGAUCGAAUCGCUGCCAUCGACGCUCGAGUCUCCGCCGAAUCCGAGGAAGCGUCAUGUCCUUUGCCAUCGGCGGGCUCGUCCCCUUCGGACCCGACGCCAACUGCACGCUGGACCUCUGCCCGCUCGAGUGGAGCAUCCUGGGCUACAGGCCCUCGACGGCGGCCAGCGCUACCGCCAUCGCCCUCUUCGCCCUCUCCCUCGCCGCCCACGCCUACCAGGGCGCCCGCGCUCGCACCUGGGGCUUCACGGCCGGCAUGGUCAGCGGCUGCAUCUUGGAAAUCAUCGGCUACGCGGGCCGCAUCCAUCUCUACGAAAAUCCAUUUGAUUUUGGCCAUUUUCUGUUGCAGAUUAGCAAGUCCUUUUCUAUUUUCGUUUCCUCCUCGUCCUCUGCUUCCUCGACGCCUCGUCGUUGUCCUCGCCUCGUCUUCACCGCAUCGUCGUUGUCCUCGCCUCGUCUUCGUCUCCGCCUCGUCCUCGUCCUGCCUCGACUUUGUCCUCGCCUCGUCCUUACUGACCUCCUUUCGUACUCGCCUCCGCUUCGUCCUCGCCUCCGCUUCGUCCUCGCCUCCUCCGUCCUCGCCUCCUCCGUCCUCGCCUCCUCCGUCCUCGCCUCCUCCGUCCUCGCUUCCUCUCGUCCUCGCAUCCUCUCGUCCUCGCCUCCUCUCGUCCUCACCUCCUCUCUAUGCAUCACCCUCGCGCCCGUCUUCUUCUGUGCCGCCAUCUACAUUCUGCUGUCCCAGCUCAUUCACGCCAUUGACGAAUCGAUAUCUCGCUUUGAUCCCAAGUUCAUCUACUGGGUCUUCAUCCCCUGCGACGUAGUCUCCCUCGUCCUUCAGGCCGUCGGCGGAUCGCUGUCGUGCGUGGCCGAGACGACGGAUGAGAUCCAGGUCGGCGUCAACAUUUCGCUGGCCGGCCUCGUCUUCCAAGUCUUCACCCUCGCCCUCUUCUGCAUCCUCUUUGCCGACUACCUGACCGCCUGCUGGCGCCACGCCGACGCGCGCCGGAAGCUGACGAGCCGCCUGGUCGUCUUCCUCGCCCUGCUCUUCACCGCCAUCCUCCUCAUCCUUCUCCGCUGCGCCUACCGCAUCGUCGAGCUGCACGAGGGCUACUUUAGCGACAUGUUUCGGGACGAGAUCUUCUUCAUCGCCCUCGAAUCGGGCGUCAUAUGCGUCACCGUUCUCGUCCUGAACAUCGGACACCCGGGAUUGGUCCUCAUCCACAACAGCAAGCAAGUCUGA